ACAAGCACCUUGGUAGCUCCGAUCAUCUUCAACAUAAACGCGUCCAACAACAUCAGUACUGGUGCAGUCAUCGGGAGGACAAACCCUUCAUGCAAACUGCACCUACUAUCAACAAGAAGAAGAGUGUGGGAAGACAUUCAGUGAUCAUGGAAAUAUGACGAGGCACAUGUUAGUGCAUUCAGCUGAUAAGCCUCAUGUGUCCAGAGUGUGGGAAGAGAUUCAGUAGGCUUGAAAAUAUGAAGACUCACAUGUUAUUGCAUUCAGGUGACAAACCACAUAAGUGUCCAGAGUGUGGGAAGGGAUUCAGUCAACUUGGAAAUAUGAAGACUCACCUGUUAGUGCAUUCAGCUGACAAGCUUCAUAAGUGUCCAGAGUGUGGGAAGAGGUUCAGUAGGCUUGAAAAUAUGAAGACUCACAUGUUAUUGCAUUCAGGUGACAAACCACAUAAGUGUCCAGAGUGUGGGAAGGGAUUCAGUCAACUUGGAAAUAUGAAGACUCACAUGUUAGUGCAUUCAGAUGACAAACCUCGUGUGUGUCCAGUGUGCGUGAAGAGAUUCAAACGGCUUCAAGAUGUGAAAAUACACAUGUUAGUGCAUUCAGGUGACAAGCCUCAUAAGUGUCCAGAGUGUGGGAAGAGAUUCAAUGUGCAUAAAAAUAUGAAGAGGCACAUGUUACUGCAUUCAGCUGACAAGCCUCAUGAGUGUCCAGAGUGUGGGAAGAGAUUCAAUAAUCUUGCAAAUAUGAAGGCUCACAGGAUGGUCCAUUCGGAUGAAAGGCCUUUCAAAUGUGCUGAGUGUGACAAAAAGUUUAAGAACCGUGGAGCUAUAAUAAAACACAUGUUAGUGCAUUCAGGUGACAAGCCUCAUGAGUGUCCGGAGUGUGAGAAAAAAUUCAGUACGCUUUCAAGUAUGAAGGCUCACAGGAUGGUCCAUUCAGAUGAAAGGCCUUUCAAAUGUGCUGAGUGUGACAAAAAGUUUAAGGACCGUGGAACUAUAAUAAAACACAUGUUAGUGCAUUCAAGUGACAAACCUCAUAAGUGUCCAGAGUGUAGGAAGGGAUUCACUUGGCCUGGAAGUAUCAAGAUUCACAUGUUAGUGCAUUCAGGUGACAAGCCUACAGGAUGGUCCAUUCGGAUGAAAGGCCUUUCAAAUGUGCUGAGUGUGACAAAAAGUUUAAGGACCGUGGAACUAUAAUAAAACACAUGUUAGUGCAUUCAGGUGAUAAACCUCAUAAGUGUCCAGAGUGUGGGAAGAGAUUCAGUUACCUUAGAAGUAUGAAGAGGCACAAGUCAACACAUUCAGGUGGUAAGCUAAACACUUUGAGUGUGGGAGCUGAUUCAGAGAAUGCUGAAGAUACUGAGGCACUUGUACAAUAACAUACUUUUAAAUAAAGUAUACACUUUUGAAA